AUGAAUAAUCUAACGGAACUUAGACCCAGCGAUCUACUUGUUCACUCGAGUUUUAUAGAUAGUCAAUUUGAUCCUUUUGAUGAUCUUCUUUCGUCACAAAGACAAACAAACAUUAUAAUAGAUGUUCCUUCCAACACAAGCAACAUAAGCAACGAUACAAGCAUAACAAAAUCGAUAAUAAAAUUUAUCCAAGAUGAACUUUUAUCCUUACCUAAAGACAGCUUUGUGUCUAAAUUAAUUGAUAAAUGCCAACACGCACAUUGUGAAAUUGACGACAUUCGCUACGCACUUCUGGAAAUUGCAAAAUGUCAACAUAACUUUCCAUAUCUGAAUGCAACUCUUAAAAAGCGUCUUUAUCCUAGAAAACCUAACGGUGAAUCAGUUGAAAACAAACUUGGUAGCGAUUGCUAUGCGCUUUAUUUAGCAUCACUCGGAGAAUAUACGGAAGAUUUAAGAUUAACACUUAAUACUCGUUCGCAUACACAAAGUGCCCGAAAAAUGUCUACAGCAGAUGAAAAUAACCGUACACAUUCCAGCGAAUUUUCUCAGAACUUGUGUCUGAAAGAGACUCUCGUGCGCAUAGAAAGAGAAAUUAAUACAUUGAAAGGCGACUACACUCAGGAAAUCGAAUAUCUGAAUAAAACCGUCUCUGUAUUAGUACGAGAAAACAAGCAACUGGUCAAUGCUAACCAGAAAAACAAUGACCGGUUACGGAACUUUCAGAAUCAAAUUUCAUCCUUACGAGAUAACAACGAAAACCUAGCUAAAACAGUUAACAACAUGAGUGUCGUUACACACGAAGCGGAAAUGAUCUGCAAAUCAAAUAAAUUAGAAAUUGAAAAAAGUUCAGGAACUUUCCGAAACAAACUUGAUGAAUACGAAAACAGCAUUCAACAGUUAACGACAGAUGUAAACAAAAUAAAAAACGACUUUAAAACAGUAAAACUAGACGUUAACGAACUACGUUCAAGCGUGAAAUCUGAGUCAUGUAGAAUUAACCAGCUAAGUGAUACACGAGCGCAAGGCGUUGUCAGUCUAAAAACAAAAACAAACAUCAUGAGUGAUAAACUGAAAGAAUUCGACGAUGAACUCAAAAAAGUAAAUAUUGAUUGUUGUUCUCACACGAGGUCAAUUAGUGAUUUGCGAAAACGUAUCAUAAACACCGAGAAAGAUGUCAAAGUCCUUGACAAGUCUACAAAAUCGUACGCAGACAUUCUAAAAUCAAAAUCUAAACAAGUUACAGCUUCAGCUGAAGCAUUAGAUAAUUACAAUGUGAUUGAAUCCGAUUUGAGUCAGUCCACAAAGCCAAUUCAAAGGAAUACCAUUAAUGAACAUUCCAAUUCUCUAGUUGACUCACACACAAAACACGUCAGAUCCUCUGAUGUUUCGAAUUUGUCCGUUUUAGUCAAAGACAUACAUGUACAAAGUAAUGUUGUUAAUCCAGCUCCGUCUACUUCAAUAGAAAAUAAAAUCAAGAACACCAACAACAAUAUAUCAGGAAAUGAACAAAAUACAAAUAUACAAGUGCAUUUUCCAACUUCCAUGUGUAAUCCCACAACUGUUGACAAUUUUCGUGGAUUUGUUAAAAAAACAAGACUCCGUGUAUCCAGAUUCUACGUAGGUGGUAUCGACAAACACAAUUCAUGUGAAGAAUCUAUGCGUGAAUAUCUCGCUGCAAGAGGUGUUAAUGUAACACAUUUAAGAUAUUUUGAUAAACAAAACCGACGAACAGCUUCUGCGCAACUUAAUAUCGAUGCUCAAUGUGAAAGCUUAAUACGGGAUCCUUCUUUUUGGCCUGAAGGCAUUUUUCUAAAAGAAUGGCUUCCAUGGUCAGUUUUUCUAUCUUCAAAGACCGAACAUCCAUAA